UGUGUGUCAUUUUUACCAUGGAUUGCAACGUACGACAAGACAAGUCUUAACAACAAUCUGGGUAAAAACGAAGUCAAAUGUGCGCGUUAAGUCGUAAUUAAGUAUCACAAGUAUGCUUUACCACAACCGUCAUUAUUCGCAGAUCAACAACACAAACAAUCUGGAGGACGGAGUUUGUGUUCGGGGAAACGCACCCGGAACUGUGAGUUCCCUGACGCACAUAGUCACAGUCUCCCAGUAACGAGGUCAGUUCACCUUGGCUGACUGCUGCGUCUCCACUGUCUUCUGUCUGCUGUUCAUGGUGAAUCUCGUCAUUCAACGGUGAUGGCGUGGGUCAGGGUCUUCUCCUUGAUCCUUAUUAUUUUAUGCUGUUCCUCCACAUGUUCGGGGAAGGACCGCGUGUACUACAUAGCUUGUUCUGAGGAGGUGUGGGACUAUGCCCCAGGGGGUGAAGAUCUAGUUAGAUAUGGCCAGGAAAGCUCUGCAUCCGUGUUCCUCAACCGGAGCUCAAACAGGAUUGGUCACAUGUACAAGAAGGUGAUAUACAGGGAGUACACCGACAGUACGUUCACCAUCGAGAAACCGAAACCGGUUUGGCUGGGCUCGUUGGGACCGGUUCUCAAGGGCGAAAGAGGCGAUUCAAUUAUCAUCCACUUCCGGAACAAUGCAUCACGGACGUACUCCAUGCAUCCGCACGGUGUUCACUACGAGAAGGCGCACGAAGGCGCACUGUAUGCUGACGGAGUUCACGGCAAACCCAGUGCCACAGAUAUUGUGCCCCCUGGACAGAGCCAUACCUACAACUGGACAGUGGCCGUGGAGUCCAGCCCGGCCGAGGGAGACCCGGACUGCUUGACCUGGUUAUAUCACUCUCAUGUGUCAUCGGUUGAAGACAUCUCCUCGGGGCUGAUCGGAUUUCUCCUGACCUGUCGUAAUGGUACUCUACUGAAAUGGGAGGAAUCGCCACUUUACGCCAUUUACGUCAGCGUCUUUGACGAGAAUCUCAGCUGGUACCUCGACGACAACAUCAGAUCGUACACUACCGGGGUUGUUGAUAAAGAUGACGAGGACUUUCUGGAGAGCAACAAGAUGCACGCCAUCAACGGCUACGUGUAUGGCCACCUACCGGGAGUCAAGGCCUGUGUAGGGGAGACAAUCCACUGGCAUAUGGGGGCAUUUGGGACUGAGAUCGACGUCCACGCUUUGGCCGUCAGUGGACAUUCCUUCCAAUAUUUCAACCAUCGAAAAGACUCGAUUCGUCUGACCGUUGCGCAGUUUGCGACGGCCGAUAUGACCGCACUGGCCAGGGGAAAGUGGUUGUUCAGGUGCCAAGUCAGCGAUCACAUCAGCGCUGGGAUGGAAGCUUUCCUGACAGUCGACGACUGUAACGCCAUCCCACGUGUUGACAUCCGUGUCGACAACAUACGACGUUACUACAUCGCCGCCGAGGAAGUGAUGUGGGACUACGCCCCGUCUGGACGGAACCGAUACGACGGAGGCGAGCUGACAGAGGAGGGGAGUGAUUCCGAGGUGUUCUUCAAAAAGGACUCGUCUCAUAUUGGCGGAGUUUACAAGAAAGCGCUGUUCAAGGAGUACACCGGCUACAUGUUUAACCAGGAGAAGCCCCAGGAUGCCAGUGAGACUCACCUGGGUUUUCUGGGGCCGGUCAUCAGGGCCGAGGUCGGCGACCUGGUGAAGGUCGUCUUCUACAACAAGGCCUCUCGGCCCUAUUCCAUCCAUCCACACGGCGUGCAGCACAGCAAACUGAGUGAAGGCUCCCUCUACAACGACGGCAUCUACGGGAAGUACGAUGACUACGUGGAGCCCAUGCGUAUUCACACCUAUUACUGGACGGUACCGGAGGAGAUGGGACCCACGCCGGAAGACCCGCCAUGUUUGACGCGAAUGUACACUUCCAGCGUUGACGUCAUCAAAGACGCCUACAGCGGCUUGGUCGGCCCGAUGCUGAUAUGCAGAAAAGGGUCUUUGGAUGAAAAUGGGAAUCAGAUCAAUGUGACGAAGGACUUUUUCCUGAUGUUCUCUGUGUCCGACGAGAACAAGUCAUGGUACUUGGACGAGAACAUGCGGAGCAGCGGCGUCGACCCUUCCACCGAUAAAGAUGGCGAUGAGUUCGUAGAAUCCAACCUGAUGCACGGGAUCAAUGGGCGGCUGUACGGCAAUCUGGAAGGCCUUGACAUGUGUGUUGGGGGAACGGUCAGAUGGCACGUGUUCAGCGUGGGGACAGAGGUUGACCUUCACACUUUGACCUUUAACGGUGACAAUUUCAUGAAUCUCAACAACCAGAAGUCGGCGUCCGAUAUACUUCCAGGAGACAUGAAGACUCUCGACAUGAUUCCCAAGCACAAGGGUUCAUGGGGCCUGGUUUGUAGGACGAACGACCACUACACGGCGGGCACGAAGGCUAUUUACAAUGUCAUGCGCUGUGGAGAAGCUGCUGAUGCCGAUACGUCACUUCCGGCGGAAGGACAGGUUGUCAAGAAGUUCAUCCAAGUAAUGGAGAUACCAUGGGAUUACAUACCUGAUGGAAAGGACGCCAUUUACAACGAACCGUUCACAGUGGAAGGAAGUCAUGGUGCGACCUUUGUGAACGAGGGCGAAACAAGAAUAGGAGGCACCUACAUCAAGGCUCAGUACCAGGAAUACACUGAUGACACGUUCAGCAUCCCUGUGGUACGUGGAGUUGAUGAGGAAUACCUGGGGAUUCUUGGUCCUGUAAUACGACUAGAAGUAGGCGAUGUUCUGGAUAUAGUGUUCAAGAACGGCGCCACGAAGCAAAACUACACAAUCAGAGCGCACGGACUUCACUUCAACGGUGACGAUGGUACCUUCAGCGCCUCGGAUCAGCCGAGUGUUCCACCGAUGGGCGUGAGAAGGUUCACUUGGAAUGUUACGGAAUCUGACGGCCCUGGGCCGAGUGAUCCCGAAUGUGUAGCUCGUGUUUACUUCUCUGAUGUGAACCCGGUCAAGGAUGUGAAUUCCGGUCUCGUCGGGCCACUGGUUAUCUGCAGGAAGGGAGCUUUAGAACUGGUGAGAGGCAAACGAAUCCGGAGGAAUGUGGACGCUGAUUUCGCCCUGUAUUUCUCUGUGAUUGAUGAAAAUGAGAGUUGGUACCUGGAUCAGAACAUUUUGAAUUUUGCCGGGAACGCCUCAGCGGUGAAAAAAGACGACGAUGAUUUCAUUGAAAGUAACCUCAUGCACGCAAUCAAUGGGUACCUGUACGGCAACCAGAGACCGCCAAAGAUGAUGGAAGGUCAAACUGUGGACUGGUACCUCUUUGCACUGGGAACAGAGGUGGACAUGCAUUCAGUGCAUUUCCAUGGCAACGACAUCACAAUUUUCGAAGACAAGCCUCAUUCCAAUGACGUGGCUCAGCUGUUCCCUAGUGUGUUUACCUCGGUGCGGAUGCACGCGGUGAAGGUGGGCAAGUGGCUGUACCACUGUCACAUCCACGACCAUAUCCACGCGGGGAUGAUGGGCGUGUACGAAGUAGAGAAGGAUUACUGGAAUUCUAUUGGAACUUCCUAAUAAUGCGGCUGAGGGGAAUCGGUACGGGAUUGUGGCUUUAAGGGGUUGUCAUAGUUACAAGGCUUAUUUGUGGGGAUGGGGAGUGAAUCGUAAACUGCCUUUUAAAAAUAUUCGCAACCUUAUCAAAUUCUUUGCUUGACAAAAUGUGAAAUCAUAUCUAGUUGUUAACCAAAUAUUGGUUCUUAAAUACCAACAGUGACCGAGGUGGUCAAUUCAACUCUUCGUUUAGACUGAACGUUCCACACCACUGAUCUAUGGUGAGGUUCAGUUACUCACAUACAGUGUGAUUAAUAGCCUUACAAGUACGAGCUUUGUAGGGGCGACAGAGCGUCACAUCAUAUUUAAAUCCUAAAUAUCACAAGGCCGAGGUGAAAUUAUAAUAUUAGAAGAAGAAUUUAUUCAGUAUAAACAAACCGAUAGAAAAUAUGGAACAUUCAUCAACGGUUUAUGUUUCAAAUACUCGUUCCAAGAAGCUCUGGAAGCAUACGUAAAAUAUCUCUGUAAGUGUGUAUUAUAACCGAUUCUUAAACAGACUGAGUAUAAAUUAUCUAUCAUCCCUGAAUCUGUAGGUACUCUCACCGACGAAGCGGGUUCAGUUCUCACAUGGGUGCAAUGUGUGACGCCCAUUUCUGGCGCCCCCUCUACUACUCAACCUUAACAUCAAUGCAGCUACAAUAGAUAGUGUAGAUAUGAGGUUCAUGUGGACGUUGCUAAGGUUGUGCUGUAUAAUGACAGCUGAUACGUCCCACAGUCCAAUGUUGCUGGGAUUUUGGAACAGUUCCCAGUAACCUAUGCUGGUGGUAAGCUGCGGCUUACUGGAUCCUGGUGUAAAGUUUCACCACUUGGUUGUUUGCAUGUCAAAGUGACCCGCCAGCUCGAUGCUUGGAGUAUCAAUCACUAUAUUGUCAGAGUCCGUUGUGUACAGCCCGCUGUCAUACAGUCUGGGUUAUUCUGAGUUGUACACAAACACACGGCACCGUUCAGAGCUUUUAGGAAACCGUCGCUCAUCGGAAAUGUCCUUAGUUCUUUUGUAAUAACUAGGCCAUUUAAAUAUGCCAGGAACCAUUUUGUUCCCCAGUACAGGUAGCAAACCGUCCGUACAAAUGUCUGUUGUAUAUCUGAAUCUUGAGUAACAUUAUUUCGUAAAUGUUUUCGUAAUGAUGGAGAUAUUUAGGACAGCCAUGAUGGGAGUUUCCGUAUUGAACAUCCCGGUGUCCUUGUCGUGGUGAUAUUUGUCGAAUGUUGAAUCUCUACUAAUGCCUAUGUCCACGUCACUACCCCACUCAUGUACCUGUACAUGCCUUUUACGCUGUAAUACAUACAUGACAAUAUACAAAGAUCUAUUUUUGAAUAAAAUAUUUCUUCAUAAA